AUGUCAAUGAUAACAACGGACAAUAACUUUAUACGAUUGCGCUUAAAUGUACUUUUAGGGUAUGAAGAGAAUGUUUUAUUAAACUUAGAACUCUACUCAACUACUCGAGAAGCAAGGAAACAAAAGAAACAGCAGCAAAGAAGGUUUUUUUCCUCGACAAUUUACGUAAAUCAUGAAGUGGAAUUGCACAAAUCUCAGUAG